UUGAAGUUAUUCUAUAUUUAACUAACUGUAUUUACUAGAAUAGAAUACUAAAAUACCCUUACCCUGUCCCGUGACCAUGCAAAGGACAAGCGGGUGUGGAAAAUUGAUGGAUGGCCGUUUAUGUGAAUAAAAUACCAAAUUCCCAAUAAAACCGAAGAACACUUUAGUAUAACGCACCGAGUAUAUAUACUCACCAUAUAAACUGUAACUUGCUGAGCUAUAUCGCUUUAUUUAUAUUGGAGUAUGCGCUACAUCUUCAUAUAAAUGAUAUCCUAUAUAAAUAAUACGAUUAGCCUUUUAAAAUAACAGGCAGACUUAUCAUAUUUAAGGAACAAAAAACAUACAUGCAGUUUGAGGAUGGAUAUGUCCCUAAAUGGCAUUGCUUGUCAGGAAGACCUAUGGAACUAACAAUUCUAUGGACGAUAUAUAUUAUAUGAUAUUUCCAUGUCUUUUCCUAGACAAUUCCAGUUAUUAUAAUAACCGCUUACGGCAAUUAUGUAUAUUUUUUCAUCAGUAUGUGAGAUGAACUCCACCUGAUUUGAGUGGCAACAGGAACUGAAAUGUAACGUCCGCAAACACACACGGGCAUAUUGCAAAGUAACACCCAUCAUAUUUACAGCAUGGCGGUCUGUAUCAGGCACGUUGUGAAAGUCGUAACUGGGAGCCAUAGAUGUCUUCUGGCCAAUGCUGGUCAUUCUUUGACUAGCCUUCCAGAGCCAGGAUCCAGGCAUCUUGCUGUCAGGACAUUUGCUGCAAGGACAGCAAAAAAAGAAACUGUACCAAAUAAUGUGAAGCGUGGAAAAGUGGAAAAGCAGAAAACUGUGGAGAAAGUAGAGAGAAAAAUUGACAAUACAAAUCGGCAUAAACCAUAUGGUCUCACCGCUUGGGAACCAGUGGAUGACGUGUAUCUAGUGAGAUACUACCCCAGGCCAGUCUAUGAGGUCGGCGUGGCCAUCAACAAGCUGAAGCAGUUCCAGCAGCUGGAUUUCACGAGCCCUCAACAAAAUGUUUUCCUGGACCUGAAGCUUGACAUGAAGCUGGAGAAGAAGAAAAAAGUGGACGUUUUUGUUAGUACAGUUCAGCUGGCACAUGCAGUAAAUUCCGAUGAUAACAAGGUUGUCGUCUUCACAGAGAAUCCCAGGGAAGCCGAGGCGGCCAGAGCGAAUGGAGCAGCGUUUGUAGGUGGAGUGGAGCUUAUCGAAGAUAUUUUGGAAGACAAAAUAUCGGCCGACUUUUACGUGGCUGUACCAGAAAUCGUCAGUCGGUUGCUGCCUUUGAAGAAUAAACUGCGGAAGAAGUUUCCCAAGACCAAGAGAGGUAGUGUUGGAUCAAACAUUCCCAAAAUGCUUGAGAUCUUUAAGAAGGGCCACGAGUACAUGGUGGAGGACGAAUGCUAUGUCCGGACGAGGAUCGCAACGCUCGACAUGCCGGAGGAGCAGAUCAUGGCUAACAUUGAAACCGUCAUCAAGGACGUGUGCUCCCACAAACCAGCCAGCUUCGGGCCUUUCAUUGAGAGGGCUUUGCUAACGAGCACCACAAGCGAGGCCCUGCUCUUCGACAGCGGACCCUUCAUCCCGAAGCUGAAGGAAGACGAGGCAGAGGAAGCCAGGGCUUAAUGUGUCGGCUGCAGUGUAAAGACAAUGCAGUAAAACGUGCGUGACUCUAAUUUGUGAGGCCCUGCGUUUGUCCUGUUUGUUUUGAAUAAUACACAGAGGCUUGGAAAAAGGCAAGGAAUAACUUAACCUUGUUGACUGCAUCAUGUGACCUGAUGUGGCCCCGGACGUUGAAUGACAAGUUCAAAGUACUUUGGCAUGUAAAUCAGCAGGCUUCUUGCACCCUCUAGUGGAUUCCUAAGUACCAUUCGCAUAUUUAUGUAAAAAUUCUGGUUUUCACAUUCACUAAUAAAAUGUAUGCUUACUUCACAUCAAGUACACAUUUUGGUUUGGCAUAUCUGUUGUUAUUAAGGGACCCACAGCAAAACAGCUGGUUUAACCAUGUGCCCAUGCUUGAAGUUUGUCUUACGGAUGACCAUUAUUUCCUCAUUAUUUUCUUACACUGUCCGUCAUAGUGGACUUCAAAUAAAAUCUAAUUUUAAACA